CGUUCAAAAGCUAAAAAAGGGCUUUAAGUUGGUUUUGACCAACUUAAAGCCAAUCCAAACGGGCUUCAAAUCACCUCACCUUUAUAUACGGAGGGGAAUUUACCCGAUUUCCGCUGACCCGUCACAAUGCUCCGCUUAUUCUCCCGCCAGGAAAAACAAAUUCUCUCACUCUCCACCACGCGACACCUCUUUUCUACCGCCGCCGCGGCAUCUUCUUCAAAUCUCUAUUCAAAAUACUCCUUCGUACCCCCGCCGUCCCUUAAACCCCCAAACCCUAAUUCUACUCAGUCACCACCCAAGAAGCAGCCCAAACCCCGGUACCGUCCGCCGUCAUCACUGGACCGGACUGGUGAGAAACCGCUUCAAUCCAAAUUGCCCUUUGACUUCCGAUUCAGUUACACUGAGAGCAGUCCGGAUGUGCGGCCCAUUGGGCUUCGCGAGCCCAAGUACUCACCUUUUGGGCCUGGGAAGUUGGAUAGGGUGUGGACUGGAGUGUGUGCACCUGUGGUUGACCCAAAAGUGGGGUCCCCUGAUGAUGAGAAAACAGUUGAGGCGAAGAGAAGGGUUGCGAGAGAGAGAAUUCAAGGAGAGCCUUUGACGAAUGCGGAGAGGAAAGUCAUUGUGGAAAGGUGCCAGAGGCAUAAAACCAAGCGGCAAGUCAAUUUGGGGAGAGAUGGCUUAACACAUAACAUGUUGAAUGACAUUCAUAAUAACUGGAAACAUGCUGAAGCUGUAAGAAUAAAAUGUAUGGGCGUGCCUACAGUUGAUAUGAAGAAUGUUUGCACUCAGUUGGAGGAUAAAACAUUUGGUAAAAUCAUCCACAGACAUGGUGGUUUACUUGUUCUCUACAGAGGAAGGAGUUAUUAUCCCAAGAAGAGGCCUGUUAUCCCCUUAAUGCUAUGGAAGCCUCACGAGCCUGUAUAUCCUAGGCUUAUAAAAACUACUAUUGAUGGCUUGAGUAUCGAGGAAACAAAGGAAAUGAGAAAAAGAGGAUUAGCUGUUCCUGCAUUUACAAAACUAGCCAAAAAUGGUUACUAUGGCAGUCUUGUACCGAUGGUACGAGAUGCUUUUCUCACUGAGGAGCUGGUUCGGAUAGAUUGUAAAGGCCUUCAAAAGAGUGAUUACAAGAAAAUAGGCUGCAAACUGAGGGAUUUGGUUCCUUGUAUACUCGUGACAUUCGAUAAAGAGCAGAUUGUGGUAUGGAGGGGUAAAAACUACAAGCCUUCUGAGGACGGGUUCUUCCUUACAGAAAGAGAACCAUUUGAUCAUUCCAGUAAUGAUUUGGAUAAUCAUGAGGUUGAAAACAAAAGCGGAGAAGGAAUUACGGGUGACAAUGAUUAUGAUUCUGGCGACAGUGAUUAGAUCAUUUUUUGAUGAAUUCGCUAAAAUUAUUGGUCUUCAAGCAGUUAUAGUUGGCGAUAGUCAAGCUGAGGGAAAAUAACGAUACACAAUACAACUACCAAAUACAAG